AUGUCUCAAGCUGUGAGUAAUGUUGCUAGCAUUAGAAGGAAGCUAGUUAUUGUUGGUGAUGGUGCGUGUGGUAAAACAUGUUUGUUGAUUGUUUUUGCAAAGGGGAAGUUUCCUCAGGUUUAUGUGCCCACUGUUUUCGACAACUACGUUGCCGAUGUGGAGGUAGAUGGACGUCGUGUUGAGUUGGCGUUAUGGGAUACUGCUGGGCAAGAAGAUUACGAUAGAUUGAGACCACUUUCGUAUCCAGACUCUAACGUUGUGUUGAUUUGUUACUCGAUCGACUUGCCAGAUUCUUUGGAGAAUGUGAUGGAAAAGUGGAUCUCUGAGGUUUUGCAUUUCUGUCAAGGUGUGCCAAUCAUCUUGGUUGGGUGCAAGGCUGAUUUGCGUAACGAUCCUCAAGUCGUUGAGGAGCUAAGAGCACAAGGUUUGGAGCCUGUUUCGCAAGCGCAAGCGCAAGAAGUGGCUGACCAAAUCGGUGCCGUCGACUACAUCGAAUGUUCCGCUAAAACCGGCUACGGUGUCAGAGAGGUCUUCGAGGCCGCUACCAGAGCCUCCUUGGUCGGGAAACAGGGCAAGAGCAAGCCAAAGACCAAGUCUAGCAAAAAGAAGAAGUGUACUGUUUUGUAA